AUGUCCCAAUUCUUGACAGAAUACUUCGUUUCGGGCUUCACCGUCAUCCUUCCAACACUGAUCAGAGAACUCGACAUCCCGCAAGCAGCCAGCGUGUGGCCAGCGACCGCCUUCUCCCUCGUUAUCGCCAGUACCUUGCUCGUUUUUGGCCGGCUGGGCGAUAUGUGGGGUGGAUAUCCCGUCUUCAUAUGGGGUCUUGCCUGGCUUCUUGCCUGGAGCAUAAUAGCUGGAUUCAGCAUCAAUCCGCUGAUGCUUGACUUCUGCCGGGCUCUCCAAGGGCUAGGAGCUGCGGCGUUCUUGUCCACUGGUGUCAUGCUCAUGGGUUCCUUAUAUCGUCCUGGACCACGGAAAAAUCUCGUCUUUGCAGUAUACGGUAAUUCAGCGGUAUUUGGGUUCUUCGGUGGCAUUCUCAUGGCAGGGAUCGUGGGCCAAAUCAAGCGCUGGGGCUUUUUCUUCUGGAUCGGCGCUAUUCUGACGGAAAUUGCGCUGUUAACUUCAGCUUUGUCCAUUCCGUGUCCUCAUUCAUAG